AUGAUCGUCUCCAGACCAGAUCGACUUAUAUUCUACUUUCUUGUCAUUGUGAUGGCCAGAGCAGAGGUGCAGGAAAACAUCUCCCCAGAGUGUAAACAGUUCCUCUACAUGGGCACACCACCUCGAGGGUUGGAGGAGAAGCCUUUAAAGAAGAUCUGCCAGUUCUACGCGGGACACCCACGAUUCUUCACCUUGUAUGACACCGUAAGCCACAUUCCUGUUUACUCUGCGUACACCUUCAAGCGUUCGGAUGGCUUCAAGAAGGCUGACGUGCCUUGGAUGUAUGAACCACAGCUCUCCUUGAAAUCAGGCUCCAGAGAGAUGCAGGAACUUCCCUCUGAAGAUCUUCACAGGAGUUUCGAGGACGCUCAGGCCGUGCUGGAGGACUACUCCAACAGUGUCAUAUACGAACGUGGUCAGCUGAAUCCAGAUGAGCACCAGGCCCACCCUUUCGACAAGGCAGCCACAUAUACCCUCACAAAUGUGGUCCCGCAGGUCAGAGAAUUCAACAUCGGCCCCUGGAAAAAACACGAGCACACCAUCAGAAAACGCCUCAAUAACUACUGCAGGGGCACGGCCUACGUCGUAACAGGGGUCACCACCUCGGGGCACACCAUCCGCCGACACAACAUCAACCGUGUGGGCAUCCCCACCUACCUCUGGUCGGCCUACUGCUGCAUUGAUUUUGACCACAACGCUCCUUACUCAGAGCGGUCGAAGUUUCCAGCAUUUGCUGCUUACGGGCUCAACUACAGGGAGAACAACAGAGUCCAAGAGAUGACGGUGCAGCAGCUGGAGGACUUUCUGAAGAAGGUGACUUAUGUUGAAAGCACUUUUCAGCUCUUUUAUGACAACUGUGUGCCUCCAGGAAGUGACAACAGCGCACUGCACCUGUCUAAAUAA